ACCUCAGACUUCAGUAUAUUUUGGUUUUACAUUAUCCUGUGCCUAACCAUUGAAAUUAUAUGACAGUUCACUAUAAAAUAGUAGUACAGUUUUUCUGUCAGACAGAACCAAGUACUCCAUUAUUUUAUUUUCGUACUUUUAGUAUCAUAAUUAGUCAAGUAUGCCGAGGGACCUACAUUUUGUAUUAGCCAUCUCCAUCAUAAGCACUAGACAUGAGGUUUACGAACAUCUAUAUUAGUCAUAUUAUUAUAGUACCUUUAACAUGUAUGACAUUCAAAUUCCUAACUAAUAGGUCUUUGCAAUAAGCAAAUGAAAAUUGCAACUUGUGUACUUUUUUCAUGAGCAUGAUUUUUCUCAAUAGGCUCUGAAAUUACUCCAAACUGGCAUACUUUGUAUCUAAAUUGCUGUUUAACAAGUUUAUUAUGGGUGAUCUUGUUCUUCUUCGUCUUCUUUUUCUUCAUCUUCCCCGGGGUUCUCUUGGAUUUACCAUGCAACUUGAACUGUAAUUUUAUGAGAAUAAUCCAGGGCACUUCAGAGCAUAAACAGUUUUGCAAAAAAUGAGUGAUGAAAAGUUUAAUGAGACAAUCCUUACUGAGAAAUUGUCUAAACUCAAUAGUUCUCAGCAAAGCAUCGAGUCUUUGUCCCGGUGGUGCAUUUCUCAUCGUAAAAAGGCUAAGCAAGUUGUUGAAACAUGGGAGAAAUUGUUCAAAGCAGCACCAAACGAGCAACGCGUUUCCUUUUUAUACUUGUCCAAUGACAUCCUGCAAAAUAGCAGGCGUAAGGGCAGUGAAUUUGUCAAUGAAUUCUGGAAGGUUCUUCCAACAGCUCUAAAGAUAGUAUAUGAAAGUAGCAAUGAAAAUUGCAGAAAAGUUGCCUUCAGACUGGGUGGGGUUUGGGUUGACUCUUUAUAUCAGGUUGACAUCUGGGAAGAAAGAAAGGUUUUUGGAUCUAGGGGGCAAAAUCUGAAAAAUGAAUUGUUGGGGAAGAAUCCUUCUCCAGUCAGCAAUGGGAAGAUCGUAGUUCCUAAUCCUAUUAAGGUGGUGAAGAGAGAUGCUACAUCUCUCAGAAUCAAAUUAGCUGUUGGAGGUUUGCCAGAAAAGAUUUUGACUGCUUUGCAGUUGGUACAUGAUGAAGCUGUCAAUGAAGAAGAAGCCUUAGGAAAAUUUCAAAAAGCAAUUUCUUCUGUUCAAGAAAUCGAGAAAGAUGUUCUAUAUGCUACUUCUCAAGGAAAUCUCAAUGGUUCUGAUGUUGAUAAUAUAGAGACACAGGAGAAUGUUAUUAAACAAUGCAUUAACGAACUUGAAAAGUCUGAAGCAGUUAGAGUCGACCUUGUUUCUCAGCUUAGAGAAGCACUUCAGGAUCAAGAAACAAAGCUGGAGCAGCUUCGAAGUGUGAUAUCUGCUGGUCGUAGUCAGAUUGAGCAAGCAACUAAUAUCAGACUCAAGCUAACAUCAAAAUCCUCUGUGCCACUGCUGGUGAACCAAGUAGUGAUCGAACCGCCUUUUCCCAGUGCAAUUCCAGCAACCAACAUUACUGUGCCUCCUACCAAUCCAUUGACUUCAUUUGCGAACCCUACCACGGAAGAGAGCAAGAAGGCUGCAGCUGCUGCAGUUGCUGCAAAACUCACCGCCUCAACAUCUUCUGCCCAGAUGCUCACAUCUAUUCUUUCAUCUCUCGUAGCAGAAGAGGCUGCAUCGAUGAGCAGUGGUUUGAAACGGCAGAAGCUUGAGCCACCGAUGUCAUUUUCUGAUGGGAAGAACCCCGAAGGAACGAAUUCAACCUUGUUUCCGACUUCGCAGCAGGCAAUGACCAGUAUGCCACCUGUUCAGUCCAGCACUGUGCAGACUGUUUCUCAGGUGAACCAACUGCAGGCCCAGCAGUUUCAUCCGCCUCCUCUGCCACCGCCACCACCACCACCACUUGCACCUCCAGGUAAUUCCCCUUCAAAUCAAAUGGUCCAGUCUAAUAUGAUGGGGCUGACCUAUGGUUAUGGUGCAAACAACCUACUCCCUCCACCACUCUCAAAUGCACCAACAGGGUUUGCUAGGCCGAACCCUCCGCCUCAGCAAACACAACAGCAGCCACAAUCACAGCAACUGCAGCAGCUGCAGCAACCAGCUAGUGGUGGAUACUACAGGCCUGUUGGUAUCGGAUUUUAUGGGCAAAGCCACCAGCCACCAACGCCUCCCAUACAUCGACAGUGAGAUUUUAUUGGUAAACGGUAGACCUUGUGUUAUUUUUGUACAUUAAUAGGCCAGUAAACCAUGGCUAAGGACCACAUUAAUAGCUAUGUUAGUGUACUAUCCUUCGGUCUGUGCCCUACCGUGUUAUUGAGUUCUCUAUGCGGCGGCAUGUGGCGUGGUACAUGUAGCUCAUGUAAAACUAAAUGUAGAAUUUAUUAGUAAUUUAAUCAUAGAUGAACUAAAAGUACAAGACUCUUCAGUUUUCA